CCGCUGAGUUAGCUCCGGGGGCGCCGUCUGCAGGCUCGGAACUGAGCCGGAGGGGGCGCGGAGGCUGCUCGGGGGGCCUGGACGUCUGCACUGGGAUUCCGCUAGACCCUUGGGGCGCUGCCCCAGGGAGCGCGAAGCCGUGGCCUCCGUGUCAGCCCCUGGAGCGCUGCGUCGGGGUUAGAGCCCGGGCGGCCGCCCCUGCGAGGCUGGGAGGUGGAGUGUGCGGCGCGCUCGCCGGCUUGUCUGUUUUCUCCUGAAAAAGUCCUGUUGGCAGCUGUGGCGUCAUCCAAGGCCGGGAAGUGCUGAAGCUGUUGAAAGAUGGCAGAAGAAGUGGUGGUAGUAGCCAAAUUUGAUUAUGUGGCUCAACAAGAACAAGAAUUGGACAUCAAGAAAAAUGAGAGAUUAUGGCUUCUGGAUGAUUCUAAGUCCUGGUGGCGAGUUCGAAAUUCCAUGAAUAAAACAGGUUUUGUGCCUUCUAACUAUGUGGAAAGGAAAAACAGUGCUCGGAAAGCAUCUAUUGUAAAAAACCUAAAAGAUACCCUAGGCAUUGGAAAAGUGAAAAGAAAACCUAGUGUGCCAGAUUCUGCAUCUCCUGCUGAUGAUAGUUUUGUUGAUCCAGGGGAACGUCUCUAUGACCUCAACAUGCCCGCUUAUGUGAAAUUUAACUACAUGGCUGAGAGAGAGGAUGAAUUAUCAUUGAUAAAGGGGACAAAGGUGAUCGUCAUGGAGAAAUGCAGUGAUGGGUGGUGGCGCGGUAGCUACAAUGGACAAGUUGGAUGGUUCCCUUCAAACUAUGUAACUGAAGAAAGUGACAGUCCUUUGGGUGACCAUGUGGGUUCUCUGUCAGAGAAAUUAGCAGCAGUCGUCAAUAACCUAAAUACUGGGCAAGUGUUGCAUGUGGUACAGGCUCUUUACCCAUUCAGCUCAUCUAAUGAUGAAGAACUUAAUUUUGAGAAAGGAGAUAUAAUGGAUGUUAUUGAAAAACCUGAAAAUGACCCAGAGUGGUGGAAAUGCAGGAAGAUCAAUGGUAUGGUUGGUCUAGUACCAAAAAACUAUGUUACCAUUAUGCAGAAUAAUCUGUUAACCUCAGGUUUGGAACCAUCACCUCCACAGUGUGAUUACAUUAGGCCUUCACUCACUGGAAAGUUUGCUGGCAAUCCUUGGUAUUAUGGCAAAGUCACCAGGCAUCAAGCAGAAAUGGCAUUAAAUGAGAGAGGACAUGAAGGGGAUUUCCUCAUUCGUGAUAGUGAAUCUUCGCCAAAUGAUUUCUCAGUAUCACUAAAAGCACAAGGGAAAAACAAGCAUUUUAAAGUCCAACUAAAAGAAACUGUCUACUGCAUUGGGCAGCGCAAAUUCAGCACCAUGGAAGAACUUGUAGAACAUUACAAAAAGGCACCAAUUUUUACAAGUGAACAAGGAGAAAAAUUAUAUCUUGUCAAGCAUUUAUCAUGAUACUGCUGACCAGAAGUGACUGCCGCAUAGCUGUAAUUUAACGUGUAAUUGAAGACUGAGAAAAUGUUGAGUCCAGUUGUGCUUGAUUGGAAAUUGCUGUUUCUAACUCAUAUGAGAAUGACUAUAAUAAUAUUUUUAUUAUAACUCAGCCCAUACAUAUAUACUAUGUAUGCAGUGCAUCUGCAUAAAACAAUUCCUUAUCCUUGGUCUUCUGUUUUGUUUUCUUCUUUGCUGUUUUGGCUUUGCUUCUAAUAUUACUGUUUUGUAUUUUGGAAAAAAAAAAAUCAAAUAAUGCAGAUCAGAAUCUUUAUAUGGAAGAAAUCCUUUAUUGCCUUUCUUUUAUUUCCUUGUAAAGGCACCCUGUUAGUUCUGUUAUGAUCUCUCUUUAUAUAAAAUUAUUAUAUCUAUAUAUGACAUAUGCUAAAA